AUGUGUUUUUUUUUUUGGUCUUUUUCCAGGAAAUUUUAUUACAUCACAUUGUUACGAGAUCCUGUCUCACGGUAUCUUAGUGAGUGGCGGCAUGUACAACGAGGAGCCACUUGGAAGACAUCACUUCAUAUGUGUGAUGGAAGGACACCAACGCCGGAGGAGCUGCCGUCCUGUUAUGAAGGCACAGACUGGUCAGGGUGCACAUUGCAAGAAUUCAUGGAAUGUCCCUACAACCUGGCCAACAAUCGCCAGGUUAGGAUGUUAGCGGACCUCAGCCUUGUAGGAUGCUAUAAUAUGUCCUUUAUUCCAGAAAACAAGCGAGCUCAGAUCCUUCUGGAGAGCGCCAAAAAGAACCUAAAGGACAUGGCGUUUUUUGGCCUCACGGAAUUCCAGAGAAAGACUCAGUAUCUCUUUGAGAGGACUUUUAAUCUGAAAUUCAUCAGGCCUUUCAUGCAAUACAACAACACUCGGGCAGGUGGGGUUGACUUGGACAAUGGCACUAUCCAAAGGAUUGAGGAGCUUAACGACUUAGACAUGCAGCUGUAUGACUAUGCAAAGGACCUCUUUCAGCAGCGCUAUCAGUUCAAGAGGCAAGUGGAGAGAAUGGAGCAGCGCAAAAGGAAUCGGGAAGAGAGACUUCUGCAGAGGUCUAACGAGGCUUUUGCCAAGGAAGAAGCUGAGGACCAAGUGCGCUGGCCUACAGAAGACUACAUGAGCCAUAUUAUAGAGAAAUGGUAG